UCUCUCCCUCCCUCCCUCCUCCAGAUCCCUCCCCUCAUCCAGCGCCAGUACCACAGAGCUGCUCGCUGCCCCUCACCUCCAUCAGCAUCUCUUCCAUCAUCUGUGGCCCGUGUGGCGGGGAAGAAGGAGAGAGACAUUGGGGUGCCCCCCGUCCUGCUCGUGGGUGACUUGCUGCAUUGUGCCCUGCCUUGUCUUCCCUGCCUGGAAUAUCGCGCAGGUAUCGCUAAACUUUACCCAUCAGAUCGCCAGGCUGCAGGUUCGACAGGAAGCAGCAACAUCACUGUAUGGUUUUCCAUAGGAUUAUAAAAUGAAAAUCUAAGUGGAGUGUACAGUCUUCCUUCUAUGCUCUACCCGAUAAAACCAACCAUCAGUUUUUCCAGUUUCAAAAAAGUCAGAUAAGUACUUCAUAUUGUCAAGUAGCGAUAUAUUCAGAAGAAAGAUUCCUCAUGCUUUCUCUUCAUCUGGAGAGAAAGAUCAAACCACCACUACUUGUCUAUGAAUACAUUCUAGUGAAGAGUCCCUAGGUUUCUACUGGUCACGCAACAUUGCACUUAUUCUAUACAUACAACCCUGCCCCCUCAGUCUGUGUCCUGCCAUGAAGCAGAAUCACCCACUGCUAUAAGGAGAAGCAAAGGAGGGCUGAAAGAAAAGAAAAUUAUUUUUUUUCUGCUGAAAAGGGAAAAAAGGCAAGAGGAAGAAAUGCAUUAUUUCAGUUUACUGACCCUGACGGUGGAAUAAACCCUGUCGAUUGCAGGGGAGAGACCUCCUGUGGAUUGCACUUUUUAUAUUUAGCACCCUUUGUUGGAUUUACAAAUUGCAGGGAUGUGAGCUGAAAAAAAUGUACCGAUUAAGACAGGUGAAUAACGAAAUACAGAUGCCUUCCAUUCUUCACUAAGAGGAAUUUAUCCCAAUUCAUCAGAACCAUACAACACAGUUGUGAUUUGGAACACUCGACAACAACAUGACAGCCACCACAACCACUACCACCACUGCGGCAGCUGCCUCGGCAGUGGCUACAACAACUGUGACUGCUACCACAGUUGCUAUGACUACAGCUACCUUGGACUUACGUGAUUGGCUUUUCCUGUGUUAUGGACUUAUUGCAUUUUUGACAGAAGUAAUAGAUAGCACCAAUUGCCCCUAUGUAUGUCGCUGUGACAAUGGUUUUAUCUACUGUAAUGACCGAGGCCUGACGUCUAUUCCAGCUGAGAUUCCAGAUGAUGCAACCACCCUCUACCUCCAGAAUAAUCAGAUCAAUAAUGCUGGAGUCCCACCAGAGCUCAAAACUAAAACCAAUGUUAGAGUUAUCUAUUUGUAUGAGAAUGACUUAGACGAGUUCCCACUCAACCUUCCUCGUUCACUUAAAGAGCUUCACCUCCAAGAUAACAACAUACGCAGUGUGACACGGGAUGCUCUUUCCCGUAUACCACUCAUAGAGAAGCUUCACUUAGAUGACAACUCUGUGUCGACUGUCAGCAUUGAAGAUGAUGCCUUUCUAGAUAGUCGUCAACUUCGAUUGCUUUUCCUUUCACGCAACCAUCUCAGCAGCAUUCCCAAUGGAUUGCCACACACUUUGGAAGAGCUAAGAUUAGAUGAUAAUCGCAUUUCUACCAUUCCACUUCAUGCCUUCAAGGGACUCAACAGUUUGCGGAGGUUAGUGCUUGAUGGCAAUCUUCUGGCAAAUCAGCGCAUUGCAGAUGACACAUUUAGCCGUCUUCAAAAUUUGACUGAGCUGUCUUUGGUAAGAAAUUCAUUGGCUGCCCCACCUUUAAACCUACCCAGUGCUCAUCUACAGAAGCUGUAUUUACAGGACAAUGCCAUCACGCAUAUUCCCUAUAAUACACUGUCCAAGAUGAAGCAACUACAGAGACUGGAUCUGUCCAACAAUAACCUUACUGCACUCCCUCGUGGCCUUUUUGAUGACCUAGAGAACCUGAGCCAACUCCUCCUCAGGAAUAAUCCCUGGUUUUGUGGUUGCAAUCUUAUUUGGCUACGAGACUGGGUUAAGGCUAGAGCGUCAAUCGUCAAUGUACGGGGCCUAAUGUGUCAGGGCCCUGAGAAAGUUAGGGGCAUGGCCAUUAAAGACAUUACUCAUGAAAUGGAUGAAUGUUUUGAGGGAGGUCCCCAGAGCAAUGUAGCAUCUGCACAAGCAACUCCUGCAAGUCCUUCAAUUACUACCCCUCCCCAAGGGUCCCUAUUUACUCUCAAGUCUAAAAGGCCAGGUAUUCGAUUACCAGAUUCCAAUCUGGAUUACCCUAUGGAAACAGGAACAGGGGCAAAGUCUUUGGUCAUUAGUGUAAAACCAUUGACGGCUGACAGUAUUCGCAUCACUUGGAAGUCAUCUGUUCCAGCCAGCUCUUUCCGUUUGAGCUGGUUGAGGCUAGGUCAUAGCCCAGCUGUUGGCUCUAUCACAGAAACAUUGGUGCAAGGAGACAAGACAGAGUAUUUGUUAACUGCUCUGGAACCCAGAUCUAUCUACAUCAUCUGUAUGGUAUCAAUGGAAACAGGGAACACCUAUCUUACUGAUGAGUCACCCAUAUGUGCCAAGGCAGAGACAGGGGAUGUCUAUGGCCCUACCACUACACUUAAUCGAGAACAAAAUGCUGAUCUCCUGGCUGGCCUACCUCUGGCAGGCAUAAUUGGUGGAGCUGUCACACUUGUCUUCCUUUUUCUCAUAUUAGCUUCAAUCUGCUGGUAUGUCCAUCGAGCUGGGCAAUUACUGACCCAUGAAAGGGCCUGCAGUCGGGGAAGCCGAAAGAAAGACGAUUAUAUUGAAUCUGGCACCAAGAAAGAUAACUCUAUAUUGGAAAUUAGAGGACCAGGGCUUCAAAUGCUACCAAUAAACCCUCACAGAGCCAAGGAGGAGUAUGUGAUCCAUACCAUAUUUCCAUCUAAUGGUACCAGUCUUUACAAAAGUACCCAUACGAUAGGUUAUGGCACUCACAGGGGAUACAGAGAUGGUGGUAUUCCUGACACAGACUAUUCCUAUACAUGAUGAACCAUUAUUUCUUUGACUGACCAGAUUCCUUCCCAUAGUAAAAUUUCUGGUUCUCCUGGUGCCCACAAGAUUCCUAAGAGUGUAAGAGAAAGAAUUAGGUAUAUAAGCAAACUAAGUUAUGACACAAACAAGACUCUAUGGGAUGCCUUGUAGGAAAGGAAAAUACCAAUAUUCACAUCCCCAAACCUGAGUAUAAAGAAGAAUUAAAAUAAAGAUAAGACAUGCAGUAGUCCAUAUCCUGUAAACUGAAAGGGUCGCAAGAGAACUCAGUUACUUUAAUACAGAAGUUUGAACCAUUUUAGAACAAGGAAAUAAUUUCAGUGAGAUUUGAGCACUUGGAUACAAUUUGCAUAUAACUUAGCGGUUCUUCUUUCUUUUACUUUUGUUAAAUUCAGGGUGAAAAUGAAGACAUGGUGCAAUGAAUAUUUGUUUUACAUCUCUCACUAAUAGUCCAUAUAUAUAUUUUUCUCUGCAAGUUUUUUCUGCUUCAGGUUUUUCUUUUUUUUUUUUAUUACAUAUUUUAUGACUAGUGGAAAUAAAUGGCAAAAUAAGAAGGCAACUAAUUCUACAGAUGACAGAUUUUUUUUUCUAUUGCAAAUAAGUUUUCACAGAUUUCUAGUAAACUUGCAUUCAUUUCCAAAAAGUUAAUUUGAACUGAAUCAAAGAAAACUAGUUGUGAAGCAGAGAAUAAUUGAAAUGUUACCUACAAUAUACUUUAUAUACAGUAGAUGAUUUUAUUCAGUCUCUGUGGAAACCCUUACUGACACUCAGAUCCUUCAGCAGAUAUCUGUAGCGUGUGAUGGUAAUAUAUACGUGUUCAGUAUCCCAAUGUAUCAUACACUUCACUACCUGACCACAAGAAUCAUGAGUUGGUUAUUUAGGCAGAGAAUGACAGCCUCGUCUAUACCACAGGCCCCUCUCAUUCUAUCUAGGAAACUGUCAGAUUCUUAGAUAAAGGGAUAUGCAAUAUCAAUUGAAAGGAAUGCAUAGAGUGUUGAUGGACAUGAUGUGUAGGACAAAAUGUAUAGUUUAUGCAGAGUACAUAGGAUUGCAUAUGUUAAGUUUAAUACGGUUACAUAAUAAUUACUGUUCAUGCAUAGGAUUAACUGUAUUCCCUAGGAAGAGAUUCUAAUGAAUGCAAUGCCAGCUGGGUAAGGUGGUGAAAGAUUCAGGCUCACAUACAUUUUACUUAAGUGCUAACAAAAAACAAACAACAAAAAGAAAAAAAAAAUAUAUGCGAAAAAAGGCAGCACUUGACCUUUACCAGCCAUAAAGCCAGUGAAAAUCUUAGUAGCAGGCGGCUCAGUAAGGAGCAUCCUUCAUGUGAACAUGUAAGGUCUUAUUGCUUUCUGAUUCCAACUAAUACAAUGCAGGUAGCUUGGAAGGUGCCUUAUUGUUAUGUACUGGCAGUGAUGUUUUCAUUACAUUAUCUUCAUUGAAGGCUCAUGAUUUUAUAUAUAUAGGACAACCAUAGAUAAAUGAAUAUUUGAUAAAAUGGCUUCCAGAGUGAAUUAUUGUUAUUUAUAAUGGUCGGGUAUAGAAUGAUUUUUAUUUAAUUCCUAGGGCUUAUAAAAGGGACUAGAAAGACAUGACUGCUUUCUUCCAGAAACAACACUACACUUGUCCAUGGCCCAAUUCAAGUAAAUUGGGCUGAGCUAUAAUUUGACAUAAAAGCCAUCGACAAGAGUGGUGGCACUUUCUAUAAAAAGCUGUCCUGUUUUUUUUUCCAUCCUGAAUAGCUGCUUUUUGUACUGAAAUCCAAGGUUUAGUAGUUUGCCUAUAUCACAUGCAAUGCUGUCACUGCCAUUCAGAACAUGUCUGUUAUGGGUCCCUAAAACGCUAAACCAAUACAUAGUCUAUAUCUUGCAUUAAAGUCAUCAGCAAGCUGACCCAAUGUAUUACUGUAAAAGUCACAACGAGAGACCUGGAGCGUUGGUACUACUCCCUUCCUAGCAUUCAUUUUCUUCUCCCACUGAUUUGUCUGCAUUUGCUGCCGGCUUUGUAUUAACAAGCAAUUUGCAGUUUUCCUCCACUAGACAAACUCUACCUGCAACCUGUGGAAGGAAUCUGAAAUGUGAAAGUGGAAAACAGUAGAAAAACGAUGGGAGGAAAUAUAUUUGGGAGGGUAAUGCAAAUUUCUCACCAGUUAUAACAGAAGAGGGGGUGGGAAAAUACUGAUGACAAUGUGUAAGCUCUCAGAUGAAACCAAAUGUGUUGGCAGAUAUUUUUAUUAUGCUUUUUUUCCCAUCAGAAUAGCAUUGCUUUACAUACAGUAAUUAGAUGAUAUUCCCAUAUGUAAGUACAGAACCAGUGGAGAAGAUGUUAAAUACUCACUGGCCCCCACCACCACCAGCAUCAGUCACAAACGUUUGCAAUAUUAAAAAGGUCUACAGUUUUUUCGGGGUUUUCCUAAUGUAUGACCUAUUGUCUACUAAAGACUAUGGUUUUUUUUUUUUUCCCAAAACUACAAUUUUAAUUUUGUGGGACUGAAAUGCACAGGAUAUGUUCUCAAAAUGGAUUGAAUCAGUGACCCGGUUUUAUAAAUUGAUCCCAAUGGACCUAGCCCGGAUGUGCUUUUGUGAAUGUUUGCAUACCUUUCUGCUAGUAUGCCGACAUUAACAUUGGACAAAGACCACUUCAGUAGUUACUUAACCUUACAGUUACUUGUCCUCUAUGAACUCCCACUGUGUAAACCUUCUACUAUCUCUAGUAAAGAGCAAUACCAUUUUUUACUAGUCAGUCUUCAACAAAGACAUGCAGUACAGGCAUCACAUAGCUAUUUGUGUAUGGCAUCCUGUGUAGUUAUUCUUCUAGGGGAAAACUAGAGAACAGUCAUUAUUAUUAAGAAUAGCAAGAUCUGAUGAUUAGGGAGAAAGUCAAACUAAGGCUGCAUUCACUCCUCGUUUUUUACAUACAGGUGCUGGAUCCGGCUGGGGGAGGGGAAAA